AUGACAUCGAAAACAUUAUUAUUUGACUUGCCAAAUGAACUUUUCCCAUGCAUUUUUCAAUAUUUGAGCGCUAUUGAUCUCUUGAAAAUAUUCGCUGAUGAUAAAUCACACCGACUUCAAACACUUAUUCGACCAUUUAUUUCACGGUUGGAUAUUUCUCGAGAGUCCGAUGAAUGGGUUCAAAAUCAUUUAUCAAAUGUAUUGACUCAACAUGAAAUCGUUCACCUUCGCCUACAAAGCAACCAUUUGACAUUGAUAGAAAAACAUUUAUCUGCGAAUAAUAUUCAAUCUAUGCAAAUGGUUGAGUUCGAUGCUUCUAAUGAUAAUCAAAAGCAAAUGCUCGAUCGUUUUGGUGGAAAAUUAAAACGACUAUCAUUUGUGCAGCCUGAACCACAUGAAUAUGAUAAUCUAGCUAGUCUUUUAUUUCGAUCGGAUUCUCAAUUGGAACGUCUAACCUUGUUGGAUUAUCCUCUGUAUUUUUCUGUUGAUGAUAUUGAGCCUUGUACUCGAUUAACACAUCUUUCAAUUGUAUUGGAAGGCAUGAGCUCAGUAUUUUUACUAAUUCAACAUUUACCCAAUCUUCAAAAUUUGAAGGUCACUAUGUUCAGCCAAGAAUGUAUUGUUCAAACGCCGCCCGAUAUUAAGGACGUGAAACCAUGUAGCAAACUUCGUUCUGUUACUUUCAAAGGUUGGAUAAAAUAUUUUGAUCAUAUAGAAAGUUUCUUCGCUACAUUUGGAUCAACAAUCGAAUAUCUUUCAAUGGAUAUCGAUUGUAGAUAUUAUGUAUUCAAUGGCAAAAAACUUGAGCACGUACUACUGGAUAAAAUGCCUUGUUUAUCAUCACUGGAUCUAAUUAUUUUUUCGCCGUUAGCUAAUGAGGAUUCCAUAGAAAUCGAAACUUUUAAAAGUUUUUCUUGGCAAAAGUUUAAUCCAAUCGUCUAUUGGCAUGAUGUUCACGCUCAACAACAUAUGAUUUUCACAUUGCCAUACAAAUCUGAUCGAUUUGAAUAUUUUUCCAAUGAAUUUGUUUCAACUUGUGUAUCAAGUCAAACCGUUUCGCUUUGUUUUGAUCGUGUUCGUACACUCAUACUUACCAAUACAACGCCAUUCAAUUUCGAAACAUUUUUAUUCAUUGAAAAAGUUUUUCCAAAAGUUGAAACAAUUAAAUUAACACAUUGGAUUAUAGAUUUGUUAGACGAAGAUGAACAUGAAAAUGAAGAUCAUCAAAACGUUGCAGUUAUGAAUGAUGAUGUUCUUGCGGAUACUAGUUUACAAAUACCAUCUGUCAAGGAACUACGCAUCGACUUGUCGUCGCCAUUUAAAGACUACAAAGCUUUUCGACGUUUUCUACAAAUUUUUCCGAAUUUAAUUAGUCUCAAAUUUCAGACUGAACAAUCAUUACUGCAUGACAUUUUGCAACAUGAACAGGAAGAUAAAUUUAUAAAAACUGCAUUGGCUCGUAUCGAACAAUUAGAUAUUGCUUUCGAAGACGAGAAAAAACCAUGGACUGAUGCAGAAAUUCGUCAGCUCUUUCCGAAAGUCAAGAAUAUUGUCAAGCAAUACACUCGUGAAUUCGGAGGAGCCUGA